GGAGGGCGUUAAAACAAUUAAAGGGAGUGUUCUUUAUUUACGUAUUAUUUAUUGCCUAUCUUUCAGUGUUUCGAAAAAUCAUUCGGAAAUGGAUUCUGGCGUUUUACCAGCUGGCGUAUAUUAAGGUGAAUUGUGUCUGUCAAUAAACACGGGAAAACCUUUCGUCUGUUCUUGCAGCUGAGACUGGAGAACUCCAGGGCGCCGAGAACGGACGCUGCGGACCCUCGCUGGACAGGACAUGGCGAAGAGCCUGAGGAGCAAGUGGAGGAGGAAGAUGCGGGCGGAGAAGAGGAAGAAGAACGCGCCCAAGGAGCUGGAGAGGCUGAAGAAGAUCCUGGGAACCAAGGCGGACGUCGUCAUGGAGGAGGUCAAGGAGGUGGCGACCGUGCUGCCCGCCGAGAAGGUCCUCCAGCCGGGGGAUGACUGCAAAAUGGACAUAGAUAAUAAACGAAACAAAAAAACUCUUCUAGACCAGCAUGGACAGUACCCAAUAUGGAUGAAUUCCAGGCAGAGAAAGAAGCUGAAGGCACAGCGUGUUAAGGGAAAAAAAAAAUCAAAAUUGGCCAAAGGCCUAGUCUGGUAGAAUCAGAAUUUUGUAAGAUGGUUAAUAUUUUAGUCACAAAAUAAAUAUCCCAAAUAAGUACAUCAUAUUUUUGUGUUUGGCCACCAAGUAUAAUUUGUUGCAUCGUGUGAACUUUUGAAAGGACUGUUAGGCCAGCAAAUGAUGAAAGCAGUAUCAAUUUGAUGUCUGCCGAACUUUAAAAAAAAAAAAAAAAUUACAAAAAACAAGCUGAGUGCCUUUGAAUAGACUAAGUGUCUGUGGUUAUCUGUUUUCUUGAGGGGGGAGGGUCGUCAUUUUUUAUAUUGUGAGUGCUGAAAAUGCUAAAGGAAAUCCUAAAAAUAAUGAAACUGUAAAUGUUUUUUGUACUGUGGUCUUUGUCAAUGUAACUCAUCUUUUACUAAAUUUAACCAAAGGAUUCUGUAAACUCACCAUAUCCUUUAAAUUCUUCUGUAAAAUUACUUUUGCUGUGCUGAUUUGUGUGGCUUUUAACAUCUGGUAAUUAACGAAAACAGGCUUUUAAAGUGUAACUUAAAAGAGAUUAUACACUGAAAUCAACACCAAGGCUUCAUGAAACUUCUGUAAGUAAAAAGGCAAAGCGUCAGUCUGACUUCAGUUCACAAAGAGAAAGUUGUUGGAACAAAGAGGUAUUUCACUGCUGUCUGUAACUGAAAUAGUGUAGGAACUAAAUAACUGAAAGUAAAACUGAUUCUUUUAUUAUUAAUACGAGAGAAUGAAAGUGCACAGAUUGGAAAUAAGAUAGUUUUAUUUAAGACAUUUUCCAAGAUUUAGUAAAGUAAAUGAGAAUUUACUUUUCCAUA